CAACUAUUUCAACAUCACCGAGUCUCGUCACAACUGCUGUUCCAGCCGGCGCACACCACCACACUCUUUCAACUUGACCCGAUUCCUUGCGCCGCCGCUCAACAUGGACGCAGUUCGUUCGGCUCUUCAGCCCGUCACCCACAACCUUCCAGGACCAAUACGCGAUCUUGGCGUUUCCAUCAUCGGCGAUGCCUGCUACAAGGCUUUGAUCCUCGACAUCGACCCGGAGAACACCGAGUGCAUCAAGUUGGCCAUCAGCAAGGGUCUCGGCAUCGGUAUCAUCGCCGCGUCGUCCGUGGUCAAGGUGCCGCAGAUCAUCAAACUGGUCCAGUCGCGAUCUGCCAGCGGCGUCUCCUUCCUCUCCUACCUCCUCGAGACGAGCAGCUACCUGAUCUCGCUGGCGUACAACGUCCGCAACGGGUUUCCCUUCAGCACGUUUGGCGAGACGGCCUUGAUCCUGGGCCAGAAUGUCAUCAUCACCGUCCUGGUCCUCAACUACAGUGGCAAGGCGAGCAUGGCUGCCUUGCUCGUUGCGGCACUCGCAGUCAGUGUGGUGUCCCUGUUCAGUGCGAACAUCUUGGACAUGAAGACGCUGAGCUAUUUCCAAGCUGGCGCCGGCGCGCUGGGCGUCGCGAGCAAGAUCCCCCAGAUCGCAGCUAUCUGGCAGGAGGGCGGAACCGGACAGCUGAGCGCGUUUGCGGUCUUCAACUACCUCGCCGGUUCUCUUUCGCGCAUCUUCACGACACUGCAGGAAGUGGAUGACAAGCUGAUUCUGUACGGGUUCAUUGCCGGGUUCGCCCUGAAUGCAGUUAUCGCUGCGCAGAUGGUCUACUAUUGGAAUGCGCCAACCCCCAAGGCCAAGGGCAAACAAAAGGAGGAGGUUGUUAUCGAGAGUCCGUCAACCAGCACGACCGCAACGCCAAAGAGCCGCGGUCCGACAACGCGGCGAGCAGCGGGAGGGAAUGGUGUGAAUGGUGGUGCUGGUCAUGGUCAGCCCAAGCCCAAAAUGCCAAACAUUCUUUACAUUAUGGCAGACCAGUUGGCGGCUCCUCUGCUCAAAAUGUACAAUACGGAAUCGCAAAUCCUCACCCCCAACCUUGACAAGCUCGCAGCAAAGUCGGUGCAGUUCGACUCUGCCUACUGCCCCUCACCCCUCUGCGCCCCCUCGAGAAUGAGCAUGAUCACUGGCCUGCUCCCCUUGAAGAUCGGGGCCUAUGACAACGCCUCUCAGAUCUCGAGUGACAUACCCACGUAUGCCCACUACUUACGCCUGCAGGGCUACCACACCGUCCUGGCGGGGAAGAUGCAUUUCGUGGGGGACCAGCUGCACGGCUACGAGACCCGCCUGACCAGUGACAUCUACCCCGGCGACUUUGGCUGGGCCGUCAACUGGGAGAAGCCGGACACUAGACUCGAAUGGUAUCAUAAUGCCAGCUCCAUCCUUCAGGCCGGAGUCUGCGUCAGGAGCAACCAGCUCGAUUACGACGAGGAAGUCAUGUACAGAUCGACCCAGUUCAUGUAUGACCACGUACGAGAGGGACCCGAUUCCCGCCCAUUUUGCUUGACGGUCUCCCUGACUCACCCCCACGAUCCGUAUACUAUUGAGCAAAAGUACUGGGACCUGUACGAGGGAGUAGACAUUGACCUGCCCAAGGUCAAAAUCCCCAAAGAGGACCAGGACCCCCACAGCAAGCGGCUACUGCAGGUUUGUGAUCUAUGGGAUGCAGACUUCAGCGACGAUCAGGUCAAGCGAGCCCGCCGUGCAUACUAUGGCGCCGUUAGCUACGUCGACGACUGCAUUGGCAAGCUUCUUGACACCCUGAAGAAAUGCCGUCUUGACGAAGACACGAUCGUCAUCUUCAGCGGUGACCAUGGAGACAUGCUUGGUGAGAGGGGGCUAUGGUACAAGAUGAGCUACUUCGAGGCUUCUGUCCGUGUUCCGCUUCUGGUAUCGUACCCACAGCAGUUUGAGCCACACCGCGUUAGCAAGAAUGUUUCAACCCUGGAUAUUCUGCCUACCAUGUGCGAUCUGGUUGGAACCAAGCCGUUCCCGGGCCUUCCCAUGGAUGGAACUAGUCUCCUACCCCACCUUGAAGGGCGCGAAGGCCACGACACCGUGAUUGCCGAGUAUACCGGCGAAGGAACCAUCAGCCCACUCCUGAUGAUCAGGCGAGGGCCGUGGAAGUAUAUCACCUGCCCCACAGACGGCUCCCAGUUGUUCAAUCUCGAGACAGACCCCCUCGAGCUGCAUGACCUAGCAAAGGCGGUCGGCAAGCAGAGCGGCAAGGAGACGACGAGCCUAUCGGUCGAGGACCUAAAGAUCAAGGCCGUUUUCGAGGCAUUCGAGGCAGAGGCCAACAGCCGCUGGGAUUAUGAGAAGAUCACCGAACAGGUCCUCUUAUCGCAACGGAAGCGUCGCCUUGUCUGGUCAGCUCUGAACCAGGGCCGCUUCAUUAGCUGGGACUAUAAUCCCCAGGAUGACGGGAGAGAGAAGUACAUUCGAUCGCACAUCCCACUCGACGACCUCGAGCGACGAGCUCGGUUCCCAGCCGUGGAUGCAAUUGGGCGAGAGACGGGGCAGACCAUCCUGGUUGACCAAGCCGGUUCGCACAACCAGUGAGCCCGGUGACGAGCGUUGGCCAAUUGCGACUUGGCAUGAUGAGAAAAGCCCAAGGGUCUAGGGUCUCGCCAUGUCAAGCAAGGGCUUAAAGGGGCUGACGGAGGAUAUCUGAUGUGUGAUGAAUUCAACGGAUGAGCCAAAUUUGCUGUUAUCUUCAAAGCGAGGCGCCUUUUCAACUUGUUCCAGGCGUCUUUUUACCUAGUUAGACAGGACAGGAUCUUUCACAAUAAAGAUAAAAUUAGAG